UCGGAUUAGUAGUUUUUAGAUUUCCGCCAAUUUCAGAGACGCUCGGGAAAAAUUCAAGAUUUCUCCGGGAAAUCAUCAGAUUUAUCCAAUUUUCCGGUGGAAUCAGCUUCUUGGGCAUCCUUAGCGGCAGAAGCCUUGAACACAAUGUCGGAUGCGGAUGAGUUUCCAGACUCGGAGGAGGAAUCUCCUGAUGACUUCUCCGCCAGUGAGGACGAGUGGAAGCCCUCGAAAAAGGAUGCGUCCUCGAGCGAAGAGGAAGACCUUGAAGUCUCUGAUGAUGAGGAAGCGGGAACAAGCAGCCGCGGAGGCAAAAGGAAGCGUGCAGCAGUGACUAGAGGAAAGGGAAACGUCUCACCGGCGAAGAGAAAGACUGCAAAUCUCAGAUCGAAGCUGUUCAAGAAGUACCAGCCACCCCCAAAAACGGUGAAGAGUCCUCCGGGACCGCCGAGAAUCAUUCCAGGCUCUAUACAGCAGAUUCUGAAUCAAUCACGCUACCAGAAGGGCAAGAAAGUGGCGCAAUCUGAAGAUUCCAGCAGCAGUGGCGAUGAACAUCUCGUGCCGGCGUCUGAACUUGAUCUCGGAUCGAGUUUCUUCAGUGGAAAGGAUCGGAAGGAAGCCACGCCGCCUCCGGAGUUUGACUGCAACAUUGGCACGAGACUGUCGGACUCCGAAGAGGAGGAUGAACAGCCGGACAUCGAGGAAAAGGACGCCAAAAUCAUGUCGAAGAUUGUCUCGAGAAUCAAUCAAUCUUCCUCCAAGUCCGUGCACUUCAGGAAGCUGGCGGACUUCACUGAGGCGAAACCAGAGACUUCCUCAGCAGCUAAACAUGACAAUCUCGACAUUUCUUCCCUGCUGGCGAUGGGAGAAUCCACUGGAGCGGCGGCCAAGAGUGUCGCCAAGAGUCCGAGCAAGAGUCAGAAGGCUGCGAAGGGACGCAAGAGAGCCGCGGCCAGGGAUUCCGAAUCGGAUUGGGAGGAAGUUGAAGGUAAAUUGAUUAAAAGUACAAAGAAAAGAGCCUUAAAAGAUGCCCAGAAGAGUCUUUACUGGGAGAAUCCUCAGGAGGAGCAAAUCCCGGCGGAUGGCAUAGUCGUGGAGCUUCCGUCGGAGUUUCGGCGUCGCACCAAGAAGGAAGUCGACAUGGAAGCGUGCAUUAAGCGGAAACUCAAUCGCCAGAUCAAGGAGAAUCAAGUUUAUCUGCACAAAUCGAAUCUUGUCUGUUUUCUCGCCACGGGAAAUCAAUUGAAUGCCAUUCUGUGCAAGGGAAAACUUCUGGACGCCGCCGUGAAGCUUCUGCCCAGCAAGAAUAGCUAUCCGACGAAGAACGGCGCGGAUUCUCAGUAUUUCCAGAACAUGACAAGUUGGUUCAGAGGUGUUAUCAAGCUGGAUGAGCCGAAGAUGUACGGAGAAUUGAGUCCAGAUAAACUCCAGGAUCAAUUGGAUGAGGAGAUUCGUGAGAGAAAAGCUUCAUGCUUCAGGAACUUCAUAUUGAUCUUCCUUUUGCUCCUUCGCGGCAUGGCAAUUGAUUCGAGAUUGAUUAUGAACUACACGGGAAAUCCUUUGAGACCUCCGACAAGUAAAUUGUGCAGAAUUUCCGCGAAGCCAAAGGUGGAAAAGCCGUCAAAGGAUGUCAAAAGGGUGAAGAUAGAGCAAAAGCCACUUCCUGUUAAUGGAAAAUCGCCUGAGAAGAUGGAUGAGAAGAGGAAAACUCGUUCCCAGGUGAAAAAUGAAGCAUCACAGAAGCCAAAUCUUGCCAAGCUGAAGCCUCAAGUGAAGAAAAUUGAGUCUCCGCAGCCUUCAACGUCGCGCUCAAGUCGCUUAUUUGCUCCGGAAGCUGUGAUUCCCAGGAAGCCCAAUCUGAAAGCCAUCGACAGGCGUGUCUUGUCCUCAGACAGCGAUGACUGGACGAAGGAGAAGCGACAGAAGGAGAAUAAGAUGGACAUUUGGGUGGAAGUGUUCUCGGACAAGGAGAAAAAGUGGCUGCCGAUCGAUUUGUUCAAUGGGAAAGUGGACAAAGUUGAGAAGCUCAUCCAAACGGCCACUCAGCCAAUUGCCUACGUCUUCGCCUGGCAUGCCGACAAGACGGUGAAGGAUGUGUCGCCCAGAUACUGUCCACAGUGGAAUACGGUGACCAGGAAGUUCAGGAUCGAUCGGGAGUGGCUGGAAGAGACGCUGCAGCCGUUCGUGGGCAGGAAGACGCGCAGAGAUAAGGAGGAGGACAGAGAACUGGACAAGAUUCAUCUGGACAAGCCUCUGCCGAAGACAAUCACGGAGUACAAGGAUCAUCCACUGUAUGUGCUGGAGCGACACUUGCUCAAGUACCAGGCGAUCUAUCCGCCCAAUCCGCCGCCUCUUGGCUACGUGAGGAACGAGCCUGUGUACGCCAGAGAGUGCGUCCACACGCUCCACACGCGCGAGACGUGGCUGAAGCAGGCGCGCGUCGUGAAGCCCGAGCAAACGGCCUACAAAGUUGUGAAGACACUUAAGUGGGACAAGUACUCGAGCACUCUGCUGAAAGACGUGCCUUUGGACAUCUUUGGCGUGUGGCAGACCGAUCCCUUCGUCCCGCCCGUGGCCAAGGACGGCAUUGUGCCGCGCAACGAGUACGGCAACGUUGAGCUCUUCAAGGCGUGCAUGCUGCCCAAGAACACCGUUCAUCUGCAGCUGCCCGGCAUCAAUAAGAUCUGCAAGCGACUCAGCAUUGACUGCGCUCCGGCCAUUGUGGGCUUCGACUUCCACAAUGGCUGGUGCCAUCCGACGCUGGACGGCUUCGUGAUAUGCAAGGAGUUCGAGGACACGGUGCUGGACGCGUGGAAUCAGGAGCAGGACGAGGCGGAGCGCAAGGAGGACGAGAAGCGCGACAAGCGAGUGUACGGCAAUUGGAGGAAGCUGAUCAAAGGGCUGCUGAUUCGCGUCAGGCUCCAGGCCAAGUACAAUUUCAAGGGUGAGGAGGAGGAGAUGGCAUGAGUAUUGGACUUAAACUACCUCUCGCGAUGGUGCAGUGUGGAUUUUGUCAAAUUUGCACAAUAAAUUCAA